CAUUCGUUGGUUUAGAAAAAAAAGAAGAAGAAGUGUGCCACAGGUCUGCCCGCCUCACGCGGCGUGUCGGUUAAUGGGCAGACACACUGUAGUGCGUUCAGUCCAUUCACCCGCCGCCGCCGCCGGGCGUGGGGGAUGGGCGGUGUAUUUCCGCUUGUAGCUUACCGCGCUAUCUAGCUAAUUUAGCUGCCGGCAGAUUAGCACGGGGACGUACCUGGCGUUGGAUUUAACUUGCACGGAACCGGUCUGAGCCGCGCGGCGCCCUGCUGCAGCCACACGGACUCAGAUGGCGACACAAAGAGGCGCAGCUACAUUCGAAAGGGACUGUGAGUUCUUGCUGAGGACAACGCAGCUAUGAUGCGCCUCUGAAGACGUCUUGAUCACAUGGGCUCCUAUGCUGUGCUGACCCAAUGGUUUAAUCGCCAGCACUAAAAAUGAGCAUAAGUAGUGAUGAGGUCAACUUCCUGGUUUACAGAUACCUGCAAGAGUCAGGCUUCUCCCACUCGGCAUUCACCUUUGGCAUAGAGAGCCACAUUAGCCAGUCUAACAUCAAUGGAGCCCUGGUGCCCCCUGCUGCCCUCAUCUCUAUCAUCCAGAAGGGCCUGCAGUAUGUGGAGGCUGAAGUCAGCAUCAAUGAGGACGGAACCUUAUUUGACGGGCGGCCCAUCGAGUCUUUGUCUCUGAUCGAUGCCGUGAUGCCAGAUGUUGUCCAGACCAGACAGCAGGCCUACAGGGACAAGCUGGCCCAGCAGCAGCAGGCGGCGGCAGGCAGCGGCAGCAGCAGCACAGGAUCCCAGGGAAGCACGAAGAACGGAGAGGGCGCUGCCAACGGGGAGGAAAAUGGAUCCCACGCCUUAGCCAAUCACCACUCGGAGAUGAUGGAGGUGGAUAGAGAUGUGGAGAUCCCGCAGAGUAAAGCCAUGGUCCUGAGGGGCCACGAGUCUGAAGUUUUUAUCUGUGCCUGGAACCCAGUGAACGACCUCCUUGCCUCUGGGUCCGGGGACUCGACAGCACGAAUCUGGAACCUGAGUGAGAACAGCACAGGUGGAUCCACGCAGCUGGUUCUGAGGCACUGCAUACGGGAAGGAGGCCAGGACGUGCCCAGCAACAAGGAUGUCACCUCACUAGACUGGAAUAGUGAGGGAACGUUGCUCGCCACAGGAUCAUAUGAUGGCUUUGCUAGAAUAUGGACAAAAGAUGGUAACCUGGCCAGUACGCUUGGUCAGCAUAAAGGUCCUAUAUUUGCACUCAAGUGGAAUAAGAAAGGAAACUUCAUCCUCAGUGCUGGUGUUGACAAGACCACAAUUAUUUGGGACGCACACACAGGGGAGGCAAAGCAACAGUUUCCUUUCCACUCUGCACCUGCUUUGGACGUAGACUGGCAGAGCAACAACACGUUUGCCUCCUGUAGCACAGACAUGUGCAUCCAUGUGUGUAAGCUGGGUCAGGACAGACCUGUCAAGACCUUCCAGGGACACACGAAUGAGGUCAAUGCCAUCAAGUGGGACCCCACUGGGAGCUUGCUAGCCUCCUGCUCUGACGACAUGACACUCAAGAUCUGGAGUAUGAAACAGGACUCGUGUGUCCACGACCUCCAGGCCCACAGUAAAGAAAUCUACACAAUCAAGUGGAGCCCCACAGGCCCCGGGACCAACAACCCCAGUGCCAACCUCAUGUUGGCCAGUGCGUCAUUUGACUCAACAGUGCGUCUGUGGGACGUAGAGCGCGGGGUGUGUAUCCACACACUGACCCGCCACCAGGAGCCCGUCUACAGUGUGGCCUUCAGCCCUGAUGGCAGGCACCUCGCCAGCGGCUCCUUCGACAAGUGUGUCCACAUCUGGAACACUCAGACUGGUGCUUUAGUCCACAGCUACCGGGGGACAGGAGGGAUCUUCGAGGUGUGCUGGAACGCCACAGGGGACAAAGUAGGAGCCAGCGCAUCAGAUGGAUCGGUUUGUGUAUUAGACCUGAGGAAAUGACACUCACCUGGUGGAGCCAUGGACCGACUACGAAUGUGUACAUAGCCAAAAUGACUGACUUGUCCCUGCCUGUCCGGCACACUGCUGUAGUCCCAUCAGACGCAAUGGCCCGCCAUCACAGCCCCUCCACCUCCCACCCAUCUGCCUGUCUCUCCUAUGUACACACCAGGACCACACCUUUGCCACAUACAGUUCUUCUGCACACGUAUGUCACAGGUCUGUGUGGACUCUCCCGGACCUGCUGGAAGAAGCAUGUUGUCAACCAGUUCCGCCACAUUGGACCCGUCGUCGUACGCAAACAAAAGCACCAGGAUUCUUCUCGCUUUCCCUCUUUUUAUCCUUUGUACCAGAUUUUUAAAGACUUUUGUUUUCUUCUGUUGGAGUGUGCAUAUUGCAUAUGUCAGCAUUUGGUGUCCUGUGGACAUUGUUGUGUCGAAUUUGGAUUAAACUGAUCUGUGUAGGUUUUAUAUUAACGUGUGGGUUGGGAGAGAGGGGAGGGCCCGGGCUGUGGGAGAUGUUUGUCUUUUCCUGCCGGUGUUAAAGCUGUUCAUCGGGCGAUUUUCAUCUUGAUCUUGACUUGGCUCAGAAGAUGAAAUGGUUGAUCACUUUGUCGACUAUUUUUAUCCAAAAGGUUUGUCCCAUUUUGGCCCACCCUUUUUCUUUUUUUUAUCAAAGUCUGAAGCAGUUAAUCAGAGGCUGAACUGUCCUUUGUUGGGUUUUUUUUACAACUUUUAUCCUCACAAGUGGUUUUCAGGUGUUUUUGUUCAUCAGGUUGAUGUGGAGCUCUAAAGAAUUGAAAACCUCUGCAGCAUUAACACUGUCAAUCUCGCGCUCCAACCGCGUGUUGGGCAGAACCACACCAGCGGGAGUUAACGCGUCGACAGCUCGAGGUUCAAGGAGACGGCCAUGCUUUUGUGGCGUCGCUUCAGCCUCUGGGUCGUGCGGUGAAGGACGCAGGAAAAGUCCAUGACCUGUCGAAUUCAUCUGACGUGAAUAUGUGUUAUCAGUCAUAAUUGUGCUUUUUUUUUUUUUUUAACUUGUGGCCAUCCAGUGCUGAAUGAUAAUCAGACUGAGUCUAAUCGUGUCCCUCUUCCUCUGCUUGGUCGUUAAACAACAGAACAUCGCUUGCAGCAUCUCCUCCUCUGGCGGCGCAGCGUCGUUUGGUCGCACCUUCGUAAAACACAACUCAAACAUUCGCUCACAGCCGAACUGACGUCUGUGGUUUGUCUUGUUGAGCAGUCAGCUUCAAACUUUUCACUCUGUAACGUGUGCAGCUCUUCAUAUCCACUGUCGACACUACAGUCCUUGGUUUGCUGUUGUCAGGCAGUUGUUGCCCAACAUUAACACACACACACACACACUCUGGAGACGGGCUGCGUUCAGGCCUAUGCACAGAUAGACAGUGCUUUUAUUUGUAGUGUUCAAAUAGAGUUGCCGUUUUGGGGCAGACUCGCAGCAUAUGACUUGAUGUAUCAUGGUAUCUGCAUAUAAUAUAUAUAUAUAUGUAAAAUAUAUAUAUAUCUGCGCUAUCACAGGGGAGUCUUUUGUAUGCCACUCAGUGCUAAGGGUGGAUUUUAAAAUAACUUUUUGAAGACGCUUGAAAUACAGUAUGUGAUGUUGCCGUGCAUCACCAGGGGUCGUGACCAUGAGGAUUGUUUUGUGUUUUUUUGUUUUUUAAUUUUUUUUAUAAAAUACCAUUAAACAGUCAGUGAAAUAAAAGAUCAGCCCUUUGAGGGGAGUUUUUUUUUCUUUUUCCUUUGCACUUUAGGCUAAAAAAUGCAGCAAAACAGGGAGAUGUUCAUUCAAGCCAUCGUGGACAGGCCUGAUGUUUGAAACGCUCUUAAAGACGAAUCAGAGCCGAUGCCGAGAGUGCGGCACUCCAGCGGGGUCACAGGGUAACUGGCGUCCUGUCCGACUCCUGGGGGGUCAAUCGUGGUAUCCUGUAGCCAUAACUAACAUCCAGCGGCUUGAUAUACACAAACAUACACAGUCAGAGGAUUUGUUCAGAAUGUUACUUACUAAAAAAAAUUGUUCUGAAGCUGAAGACUAUUUUGAAGUUUGCUUUAAUACAGUCGGCAGUGAUUGGACUGUAACACAAAGACAAUUUCAAAGAUAUCUAUGACAGUGGAAUGGUAUUUUAUAAUGGUUAGGGGUUUUUUUUACACUGCGUUCAAGUGUUUGCUAUUUUUUUGUUUUUGGUUCUUACUGAAAGUACUAAUGUCAAUUCUAUCUUUGCUAUGUCAGAGAGCCCUUGAAGGUUUUGUACUUCUCAAAACUUUUGUAAUUCUGAUUCAUUUGUAGCUACUUGUACUCAAAAAUGAACAAAAAAGUUAUAAAAUUUGGAUUUUAAUUGUUGAUGUGUAACACAGAACAUGUAAAUACCAAUUUGCAGAUUUUGUUUUUGUUUUUGUUGUGUUGUCUUUGCCCUCACUUGCGUUGUACUCUUCUCUCUCACUCACAUGGUUGCGGUCUGCAGCCUCCGGAUCUGACUGUUGUAAUAUCACUCUGAUCUUAAGGUCUAGAAUAAAAUCUAUUUUGAUAAUA